ACUGUAUCUUGUUUUCGUUUACCGCUCAAACAUCUAUCCUCGCGCCCCCGAUCCCACACCACCUUUCCCAUGUCCAACGACGACCCUUUUGCCUUCCGCCGUAAUCGUCUCCUAGCCCUGGGUCAUCCCGGCGAUACCCGGAGCACCAGUGAGAUUCUCAAUGAGCACCGAGAGAAUCGUGCUCAGGCUGCGUUUGAGGCUAGCAGUAACUUUGAAAGCUCAUCUGCAGGUGCGAGAAGACCAACAGUGAUUUCAGUGUCAAGUUCCAGUUCGGAUUCUAUACCGGGCGUUGGUUCCGCCACUGGGGGUCGUAAUUCUCGGCCUUCAGCAGCUGGCUUGGGCUGGAGGGCUGGGUCCAGCAGAGCCGCAAGUGAUGGAGUGCAGCAUAGCAGACGUUCUGGACCGAGCGGAAGGACAGUAGAUGAUGAGGAAAAUGAGAUUAUAUACGCAGGAGGAAGUGUACAGGGUGAUGAUGGACGAGCAGCUGGAGGCUGGAGAUCAAGUAGUUCUAGAGGGCGAAAUCGACAGCAUUCGCCUCGGCCGCCAAACUACGAUAUUAUCCAGCUCAACGCUGCAUUAGACGCCCAGGCCCGAGAUCGCCAACGUGAGCGGCCCCAUCGUCGCCCCUUCUUCUCCCCCUCUCCUCCACCCCCAGAACCUGCUCCUCCAUCAGACCCACAAGCUGAACCACGCCGAAUACGACUAGGCGGCGCUCUCUUUCAAGCUGGUGGAGCUCGUCGACAAUAUCUUCCUUCUAUACCAAGCCAGCCUCCUCAAAACCAUCUAGCUGCAGAGAUGAACCCUCGAGAACUUCUUCGGGAAUUGUUCCCUGCCAAUAUGCGGCACAUGUUCUUUGUGCAAGCUGCCUUGGGAAACCAAAUCCUUGCAGGGGAUGCAGGACCUGCUAGACGUGAAGAAGAUUUGGAGGAGAUCUUGAAGAAUGUACCGGUCCCUACAUAUGAUCCUCCUAUGUCAGGUUUCGUGCGAAAUUUUGACAUGGAGAUGGCCCAGCCAAACGAGGCUAUCGUCAUCGACGACAAUGGAAGAGUCGUUCCUAGUAAAAAAAGGAGAAAACCCCAACCUCACCUUGUCUGCGCAAAUUGCGAAAGUGCUCUGCUAGUAUCCGAAUCUUAUCGUUCUCCUACCGACAGGGUGUACGCUCUGCGGUGCGGUCAUUUAAUUGACCAAAGAUGUCUCCAUGAUCUUAUCACACCACGCACGCCGCAUGAGCUUGCGAGCGUAGACAGACAUCCCGACACGCUGGAUGAGCCCCCCACUAAAAAGAGAAAAAGCGGAAGAAAGCCGAAAAAGGUGGAGAAGAUACCGGACGAGUACAAAUGGACUUGUCCAGUGGAAGGAUGCGGACAGAAGCAUACGAGCAAGGAAUUAGGAGGUGCUUGGAUGAAUGUAGAAGGAGAAGGGGCUAUAUCAGUGUUUGCAUAGGAGAAGAUUCCUUCAGGUGGCGGGCACUGUUGUUGCGAGAUUGCAUUGGGUAGCAUGUUCUUCAUAUUGUACGUUUAGGGUAUCCCGGUUCUUGCUCAUUGAAGCCGGACCACGGGAAUAGAUGCAUCUAAUAUGCAAU